AUGUUUGUCAAUUCUACAUCUCUUCGGCUCAUCUGUGGCCUCCUCGUCCUCUUCCAUCACACGAUUGAGGUGGUUCGGGCGAGCUCAUUCGUAGAGCAGACACCAUGCGAUGAUACUUCUAUGAAUCCAUGUAGCGAGGCUAGAGGGCUCAAUCGAAAUGUGCUUCCUACGGACAUGGACAGCAGCCAAGGAGAGCCGGGAGCUCUACGCGGCAGCGAUUUGGUGGAGGUGGAUGAGCCGUUUUUGUGGAGACAUGGUAUAGAGUCAUCGCUUAUAAGCACUGACAGUCUGAUGAACGCCUUUAUUGUCGGACCUAGUGAGAAUCUAACAAGCAAGGCUCAAGGACCACCUCUAGGGGGACACCUCCCAGUGAUAGUGAACGGUAGCGAUGAUGAGGGUCGGAAGUCGGCUCAGCCGUGGCCAAUAUAUGCAGCUAUGCUGAGCCUCCUUCUUGUACUGGUUGUUGUUUUCGAAUAUCUCCACUUGAGCUGGUCUGAGACUGACUUCAAUGAGAGCAUCUCGACUCCUCAAGAGAACACCCAAGGAGGCAAUACGAACCCUCUAGAGUUGAAUAAGAUGUUGUCGCUGAUAAAGCCUUACUUUACGGGGAGCACGCGGAAGAAGAGCUCGUGGAGAUAUGCUUUGGUACUCACUCUCCUCUCUCUAUGCAACGUUGGGCUCUCUUAUUUGGUUAACGACAUCACAGCUCGCUAUUGGAACUGCAUCCAAUCUAAAGACUUUGAGAACUUCCUCCUCAACGUUUGCAACUUCAUAUUCUGCAUCGUUGGAGACAUCCUCCUGUCGGCGUAUGGUAUGUAUCUUCGCUCGAUGUUCCUCUUGGAAUGGCGAGCACAUCAUACGGCGAGGCUACAGAAGAUGUGGUUGAAAGAUUCAGCGUGA